AUGAGCCCCUUCACUGGAAUUGGAAUUUUUCUUUUGGAUAUAGACGCAAAAGAACAAGAUGUUGAAGAAAUAGUAGCCGCGCUACAGAAAUGUCCCGAUGUGCAGGCAGUGAUCAUGGCACCACCAUUCGUAAAGGGCCACGAACAAGCACUGCAGAAAAUAAAAGAAUGGUUUAUGGCAAUGAGGCGGAAGUAUGCGGACCAUUCUUAG